CUCGCACAUUCCAGUCUGUUCACUCUGUAACCACACUGACAGUUAUGACUCUGAACAUGGACUUUAUCAAACGUGGUGUUAGCAGCUUGUUCCUGUUUCUGCUCUGGGUAAAAGGUCUGGCUGAUGGCAGUGAUGUCACACAGACUGCCAUAGUGUGGGAGAAAAAGGGAGACAAUGCAACAAUGCACUGCAACCACACCAAAGGUGGAACAUAUUUCCAGAUGUACUGGUACAGACAGCUGCCGGGAGAAGACAUGAAACAAGUCGCGUUUACAAGAGCAAACACAGAUCCCGAUUUUGGAAAUUUCAGUGCGAAAAAGUUCGCAGCCACCAAACCCGACGCUCACAGUGGAACAUUCACGGUGAAGAAUGUGGAGCCCAGUGACAAAGGCUGGUAUUUCUGUGCCGUGGCUCAGCCCCACAGUGGUGCUCACACCAGACCAGCAAAGACAACGGGAGAAUCUAUUGACAAAGAGAUCAACUGUACAUACUCUAUAACCCAGCACAAUACCAUUGUCUGGUGCCACCCUCCCCACCUGACUGGUCAGGCACACCUGCGGCACCUUGGCAAUCAGGUGGAUUGCCUCAAAGCUGCAGGGAUGGAAGCAGACGGGGCCAGUGGGCCAAACCGCCAGACAGUGAGAAGCUGUUGGUCGUGA